AUGGCAUUGUGGCCCGUUCCCCGUUUCGACCGAUUCAUGGACAACGCCAUGCGGGAGUUUGACCGUUUCGGUAUGCCAAUGAUGACAAGAGAACCGGACUGGUGUGAGCGGCAGAUUAUGCCAUACUGGAGAAAUGCGGAUCAUUCGAUGCUGCAUGUUGGGAACGAAGUUCAGGAGGUAGUGAACGAUGACAAGAAGUUCGCUGUCGCCUUGGACGUUUCGCACUUCAAGCCGGAGGAGUUGCGAGUUCAUAUCGACGAUCGUGAUCUCACCAUUGAGGGAAGACACGAGGAGAGGAACGAGCGCGGUUUUAUUGAGAGGUCCUUCGUUCGUAAAUGGACUCUUCCCGAAGACUGUGAUCUGGAUGCAGUCAGCACUCAGCUCACUGAUGUCGGCCAUCUCUCAAUCGAAGCUCCUAAGACCGGACAACACACACAUCGAAGAACUCUGCCAAUUAUGCCUGCCCCGAAAAGGAAGUAG